AUGUCUAAGAACAUACCAGAUUUCAAGAAUCUCAUCUUCGAUCAGCUCGCGGCAAGCAAGGGCAAGCUCAGCUACUGCGUGCGCUGGGACAACGAAAACCCACUUACUAAGGUCACAGCAUCCAAAUUCCAGUCUGUACUUGAGAAACAGAUCAACCACUGGAACCGCUGGCUCGUCGGCUAUGAAUGCUGGCCAUAUGACCACAUUGAUGUCGACAUUGUGGGCUACGCUGUGAAGGACAAGUCCAUUAUGGACUGGAGCGACAACUCGCUCGGCCCAAUCUACGAAGGUAUUCUUGAUGGCGAGGGUAGCCCAAAGUGCCCCGAUGAGUGCUACAAGCAUGGUCGCGGCGAUACUAGUGGCUGCAAGAAUAAACCUUUCGACUUAACCCUUUGGCCGUCGACGUCAGCGGGAGAGAACGCUUUCGGUACUGGCGGUGACUGGGGCCAGCGUAUCGAAAUGUACCUGGGGGAGAACAAGCCUUCAGGUUUUCCUACCUGCGUGAUGGACGAGGAUGAAGUGCUGACUGACGCCGAUGGCUGGUUGCUUCGUAUCAUUUUAGAGAACAUCAAGUCUCGUUACAGCUUCUAG